AUGGACCCGCCUCGGUAUCAAGAUGCUACAUACCAUCAAUAUGGUGGCCAGGCCAUCAAUCACCCUUUGCCUUCUUCAAUAGACCAAGAGGAAGCGCUUUUCUUGGAGCAAGUAACCGGUUGGAUCCCAAGGCAGCCACCCAACAGAGAGGCGCGCAUGUUCCGUCUUAAUAGACCAGUCGUGAUUCCAAGAGUAGAUAUUGCUAGGCCCUUCCAAACGCCAUUUCCUUUCAUGAGAGCAUACAGCCCCGAUCUAUAUCGCCACGAUAUAAGCGUCGAGACUUUUGUUGCUUUCAUCGACAACCUUGCCGUGGCAGAAGCUCCGCCGGCUCCAUUGCAAGCCUUGAACGUCGCAGGCCAAGCAAUAGGAUUCGUUCCGCAUCACUGGGCGCAAGCUGCUAGUUUUGGUAUAGGCAUGGCCGCGGGUUGCAUCAGCAUCAGAGACCGACAAAUGCAGUCCAUCGCCGCAAACAUUGCACCAUUGUCUUUGGAUGUCCCUCCGCCUUCCGAGCAGCGCAACGUCAUCGACAGAUUGAGCGCCAAGCAAGUCGAGUCUCAAAUCAAAAAGACCGAGAAAAACAAUCGCAAAAAACUAUUAGAGCUUCGAGAAAAGGAUUCGAAAAUGGCCCGAAGGUCGCAGGGACACUCCGGCGGCGACAGUUCCGAUUCAAGUUGGGAGGAUGAGCAGCGCGAGCUGGACGAUAAGAUCCGGAAGAUUCAACGCAAGGCCGACGAAAAAUUGGCCGACGCAAGCCCUAGACAGGCUUCAAGGAUAGAGGAGAGGCGAGCAAAAGAGAUGCGAAAAAUUGAGCGAGAGCAGAAGAAGCUGGAUAAAGAGGUUGAGAAGAAGAUGUCCAAAGCUUCGAGAAAGGAGGACAAGAAGCUAUCCAAGGAUGGUCGGAAGGCCGGAAGAAUGGAGUUUGUGGUCGUGGAAAAUAUUUAA